AUGAACCUCUUCAGGUUUAAAGAGUCAAAAUGGAUGAAUAUCCAUGUAGGAGAUGUUAUUCGCUUGAAGAAAAAUGAUUUUAUUCCUGCUGACAUUCUGUUGCUGUCCAGUUCGAACCCCAACAGUCUUUGUUACGUUGAAACAGCCGAGCUUGAUGGAGAAACCAAUCUGAAGUUCAAAAUGGGCUUGAAAGUGACUGAUGAGAAACUUCAGGAAGAAAGCCAGUUGGCAAGCUUUGAUGCUCUCAUUGAGUGUGAGGAGCCAAACAACCGCCUGGACAAGUUCACAGGCGUUAUGAAGUGGAAAGAUGAGUUUUAUCCCCUGGAUCUUGACAACAUGCUGUUGAGGGGCUGCAAGAUACGCAAUACAGACGAGUGCCAUGGCCUGGUCAUCUUUGCAGGUUCUGACACCAAAAUCAUGCGCAAUGGUGGCAAGACCAGAUUCAAAAGGACUAAGAUUGAUGAGUUGAUGAAUUACAUGGUUUAUACUAUCUUUGUCCUCCUUUUCUUGGUGUCUGCUGGUUUGGCUAUUGGCAACAGCUUCUGGUAUGAAGAGAUCGGUAAGCGUGCCUGGUAUUUGAGUGAUGGCCUGCAGCAGUCUGCUUCCUACAGAGGAUUCCUAAGCUUCUGGGGCUACAUCAUUGUGCUGAACACCAUGGUGCCUAUCAGCCUCUAUGUUAGUGUGGAAGUGAUCCGGUUGGGCCAGAGCAAGUUCAUUAACUGGGACCUGCAGAUGUACUACCCUGAAAAGGACACUCCCGCCAAAGCCCGCACCACUACCUUGAAUGAGCAGCUGGGCCAAAUUGAAUACAUUUUCACAGACAAGACAGGCACCCUGACACAGAACAUCAUGGCUUUCAAGAAGUGCACCAUUGGUGGCCAAAUCUAUGGUGAUUCCGUAGGUCCCUUGAAGAAUUCUCGGCCUGUCGACUUCAGUUGGAACAAGUAUGCCGAUGGAAAGUUCCAGUUCUUUGACCAUUCACUGAUCUCGCACAUCCAAUCAAAGAAUGACCUCGAAGUGUUCGAGUUUUUCAAACUUCUUUCACUUUGCCAUACAGUAAUGGUGGACCAGAACGACAAGGAUCUGGUUUACCAGGCUGCCUCCCCUGACGAAGGGGCCCUGGUCACUGCCGCCAGGAACUUUGGUUUUGUUUUCCUGUCCCGCACUCAAGACACCAUCACUGUCAGUGAGAUGGGCAGUGUGGCAACUUAUCAGAUGCUGGCGCUUUUGGAUUUCAACAGCGACAGGAAACGCAUGUCUAUUAUUCUGAGGUUCCCCAAUGGCAAAAUCCGGCUGUACUGCAAAGGAGCCGACACGGUUAUCUAUGAGCGUCUGCAUCCCAGCUCCCAAAACAAGGAGACUACUCAAACUGCCCUCGAAACUUUUGCAAAUGAGACUCUUCGGACCCUCUGCUUGUGCUACAAGGAUAUUAGCAAUGAAGAGUACGAAACCUGGUCUAAAAAGCACAAAGCAGCCAGCAUAUCAAUGUCCAAUCGAGAAGAAGCCUUGGAUGAAGUCUCUGAGCUGAUUGAAAAAAACCUCGUUCUCAUCGGUGCCACAGCCAUUGAGGACAAACUUCAAGAUGGAGUACCAGAGACAAUUGCCAAGCUUGCUAAGGCUGACAUCAAAAUCUGGGUCCUAACUGGAGAUAAGAAAGAAACUGCUGAGAACAUUGGCUACUCAUGUGACCUUCUGACUGAUGACAUGAAGAUCCAUUAUGGAGAUGAUGUGAAUGUGAAGCUGCAAAACAGACAAGCUGACAAUAUCGGGACAGAUGGUCGUCAAGGGAAAGCUAAAGAACCUUUCUUUCCUGAGCCUGGGAAGAAUGCUCUGAUCAUCACUGGCGGGUGGCUGAAUGAGAUCUUGUAUGAGAAGAAGAAGAAGAGACGUCGGCUACGCCUGCGCAAACUAAGGAAGAAGACCUCGUCAAAUAACUCUAUGGAUGGUCAGCUGAUGAAUGAGAUGGAAAAGGAACAGAGGCAGAAAGACUUUGUCGAUAUGGCUUGUGAGUGCAGUGCCGUCAUCUGUUGCCGCGUCACACCAAAGCAAAAGGCCAACGUCGUUAGCCUGGUGAAGAAGUACAAGAAGGCCAUCACAUUGUCCAUUGGAGAUGGAGCCAACGAUGUCAACAUGAUUAAAACGGCGGACAUUGGUGUAGGCAUUAGCGGACAGGAGGGCAUGCAGGCUGUGAUGUCCAGUGACUAUGCCUUUGCCCAGUUCCGCUACUUACAGCGCCUCCUGCUGGUGCAUGGGCGCUGGUCCUACAUCCGCAUGUGCAAGUUCCUGCGUUACUUCUUCUUCAAGAACUUUGCCUUUACUCUGGUCCAUUUCUGGUAUUCCUUCUUCAGCGGCUAUUCUGCUCAGAUAGCCUAUGAAAACUGGUUCAUUACACUUUACAAUGUUUGCUACAGCAGUCUCCCUGUUCUUCUCGUGGGCUUGCUGGAUCAGGACGUCAGUGACAAGUUGAGUGUACGAUUCCCCAAGCUGUACUUGCCAGGCCAGAAAGGAUUGCUCUUCAAUUAUAAAAACUUCUUCACAAGUUUAUUCCAUGGCAUCUUCACCUCUAUGAUCAUCUUUUUCAUCCCCUAUGGAGCUUUCCUUCAGACUAUGGGACAGGAUGGGGAAGCUCCAUCUGACUAUCAGUCCUUUGCUGUUGUAACUGCCUCUUCCCUCAUCUUCAUUGUCAACCUGCAGAUUUCUCUUGAAACAUCGUACUGGACCUUUGUGAAUUGCUUUGCAGUCCUGGGCAGUAUUGCAAUAUACUUUGGAAUCAUGUUUGACAUCCACAGUGCAGGAAUACAUGUGAUCUUCACCUCGGCAUUCACCUUUACUGGGGUUGCUUCUAACGCUCUCCGGCAACCGUAUCUCUGGUUGACUAUCAUUCUGACCAUGGCGAUAAGCCUGCUACCUGUCAUCUGCGUAGAGUUUCUUUACAAGACUAUAUGGCCCUCGGAAGGAGACAAGAUCCAGAGAAACAAGAAGAAGUAUGAGAAGGAAGAGGAAGAAGUAAGGAAACCGACAGCCUUCCAACGCGGUCGCAGGUCCCGACGAUCGGCCUAUGCCUUCUCUCAUUCCCAAGGCUACGCGGAUCUCAUCGCCUCUGGCCGCAGUAUUCGCCGGAAACCAGUACGCAAACCCAUCCCAGAGAGCAUCCGGGAGGUCCCACAGGCAGAGAACAUCUGAUGGCAAACAAUGUUUCAGUGUUCACUGUUUGGAUCUUAAUUUUAUUUUUUAUUUUUACUGAGAUUUAUACCAAGGACAAAAAUUUAUUUUAAUAUAUGCACCAUAUGUAACAGAUAAUGUUAGUUUCUCAGGGUUUUAACUUAUUCUUGCAUUUUGGCAAAAAGGAGGCAUGAUUAGAAUGUGGAUAAGAAUUAGUCUUUGGCAUCUUAUUUGUUUUUUUUAUUAUUAUUCCCCCUCCCCCCCAAAAAAAAUAAAAAUAAAAUAAAAAAUAAAUAAAAUAUAAAGUGCACAUUUUUCCCUGAACACAAGCUCCAAAGUGUAUAUGGAUGUAUGUCUGGACAUCACUAGCUUCUACUUGUUAGGUGCUCUGUUCUUCUGUGUUCAGGCUAUGCAUGUCACCUCAUUUUACUUUCUUUUCUUUAUGUAAAAGUAAUAUAGUUUCUUAAUUUCUUUCCAAGCGAAACCCAGUUUCUUUAAAAUUCCCUCAAACUGAUUGGUGCUUUUUGGGAUCCUAAACCACAAUAGUGCCUUGAAUUUUGACAUAAAGGUUUUGCUGUGUACUACGACAAAAAAAAAUGAUCACUUUUAUAUAAAUGUUUAGAAAAAAUAAAGGAGAAAUCCUUGAUUUCCAUUCCUGAAGUACUUUACAGUUAAGAUGGAUGUCACUUUUUCCCCUUGUGGUGGGUAGUAAAAUGUAUAGCACCGAACCGUUCACUUGGCCAAAUGUUAGAUGUAGAUCUUUACUAGACCUUUUUAAAUCGGUUAUGUGAAAUAUCACUUAUGAUAAAAUUAGUUUCUACUAUUAAGUGGUACUUCAAUGGCCCAAAUGGAAAUCUGUUACAAUUUUUUAUUUGUAAUUAUAUUUCUAUGUUCAUGUGUUUUUAUUUUUUCUUAGACGUUGUAUCAUGUCUCCAAUAUAUCAGACUACUUUAAAACAUAUCUUUAUAGGAUUUUUAAUAUUGUUGUAUAUUUUGUACAAAUCAAAUAAAAACUGUGACGUUUUUUCCCAAUAAAAGGAGCUGUAAAUUAA